GUGGUUUGAACGGAUGAGUAUGCUGGUCAUCUUGCUGAACUGCGUCACCCUUGGAAUGUUCCAGCCCUGUGAAGAUAGCUCCUGUGAGUCAGAACGUUGCAAAAUUCUAAAGGGAUUUGAUGAUUUCAUCUUCGCAUUCUUUGCUGUGGAGAUGAUUGCCAAGAUGAUUGCGCUGGGCAUCUUUGGCCCAAAAUGUUACCUCGGUGACACUUGGAACCGUCUUGAUUUUUUCAUUGUUGUUGCUGGCAUGUUAGAGUAUUCACUGGACCUACAGAAUGUCAGUCUAUCAGCAGUCCGUACUGUGAGGGUCCUGAGACCACUACGAGCCAUUAACCGAGUUCCUAGUAUGCGGAUACUGGUGACCCUGCUGCUGGACACUUUGCCUAUGUUAGGCAACGUACUUCUCCUCUGUUUCUUUGUCUUCUUUAUUUUCGGCAUUGUCGGGGUCCAACUGUGGGCAGGACUACUACGAAACAGGUGUUUUCUUGAAGAAAACUUUACAAUACCUGCCUCUCAAGAGUUGGAUCGAUAUUAUCACACAGAAAACGAUGAUGAAAAUCCCUUCAUUUGCUCCCUCCUGAAGGAUAAUGGAAUGCGUUACUGCCGCAGUGUGCCCCAAAGACGAGUGAACAACAUCGAUUGUACCUUGGAUGAUACAAGUUACUACCUGUUACAGAGUAACGCAACAAAUAAUGUCAGCUGUGUAAACUGGAAUCAGUAUUACACCCAAUGCCAGCCUGCUGAUCACAACCCAUUCAAAGGAGCCAUCAAUUUUGAUAACAUCGGAUAUGCAUGGAUAGCAAUAUUCCAGGUUAUAACCCUUGAGGGAUGGGUUGAUAUCAUGUAUUUUGUUAUGGAUGCUCACUCUUUUUAUAAUUUCAUCUACUUCAUCCUGUUGAUCAUAGUUGGGUCAUUUUUUAUGAUCAACUUAUGCCUAGUUGUCAUAGCAACUCAGUUUUCUGAAACCAAGCAGCGUGAAAGCCAACUGAUGAAGGAGCAGCGAGUUCGCUUCAUGUCCAACGCAAGCACGUUGGCGAGUUUUUCCGAACCAGGGAGUUGCUACGACGAGCUCUUGAAGUAUAUUGGCCACAUGCUACGGAAGGCCAAGCGCGAGGCUGUUCGUGUUUGCUAUGUGGUGGUGGCCAGGAGGGGCGUACAGUUCGCCAAUAGGAGCGGGCCACGCACGCAGCCCCGCAAGCGGCGGAAACGGAAGCGGGCAGCCUCGGUCCAUCAUCUAAUCCACCACCACCACCACCACCAUCAUUACCAUGUGAGCAAUGGGACCCUGCGGGCACCACAGGCCAGCCCAGAGAUCAGCGAUGUGGAAACCAACUCUGCACACAAUGGCGGCAACAGGCUAAUUGUGCUGCCCUCACCUCUGUCCAGUCUGCAUUCCCCCCCUCCUCCUCCAUCCCCCACCCCUGCUACUGCUGGCAAUACUGAAUCUGUCCAUAGCAUCUACCAUGCCAACUGCCACAUUGAGCCAAUCCAAUGCAAAUCUUCCCUCAGGCAAAGCAUAGGCCUGAUACCCCCGGAUGGACUCCAGAAGAACUCGGAUAUCAAAAGCUACCCAACUGUGCACCCCAGCUCCCCACACCAGGUGAUCAAUCUCAACUCCAAAGGCGAGAAGACACUUAAAGAUACAACCAUGAAUCCCGACAGCACAAAGGCAAAUCUCAACAUCCCAGCUGGACCAUACCGGAAGAUGCAUCGGCUCCUGGAAACACAGAGCGCUGGCCCUUGUAAAGGUUCCUGCAAGUUGUCUGGUCACUGCUUACCCUACAGCUCUCCCAGUGGAACGGCUGACAUUCUGAACUGUGAUCCGCAAAGCUGUCCCAUCUGCAUCAGGAGCAAUGAAUCCGAGGUGACGGAUAAUGAGACGUUGGAUUCAGAGAGUGAGGGUGUGUAUGAGUUCACCCAGGAUGCUCACUACAAUGACCAGCGAGAUCCUCAGCGCAACCAACCGAGAACAAAGAAGUGCUGGGCAUCUUGGAACAUGGUCUGCAACACCUGCCGCAAAAUUGUUGACAGCAAAUAUUUUGGGCGUGGAAUUAUGAUUGCUAUUCUCAUCAACACACUUAGCAUGGGGAUUGAAUACCAUGAACAGCCAGAGGAACUGACUAACGCGUUGGAGAUCAGCAACAUUGUCUUCACCAGCCUGUUUGCAUUGGAAAUGGUCUUGAAGAUCCUGGUGUAUGGGCCUUUUGGCUACAUCAAGAAUCCUUACAACAUCUUUGAUGGUAUCAUCGUAGUUAUUAGUGUGUGGGAGAUCGUGGGCCAGCAAGGCGGGGGCCUCUCAGUGCUGCGUACCUUCCGGCUGAUGCGAGUGCUAAAGUUGGUGCGGUUUAUGCCAGCCUUGCAGCGCCAGCUGGUGGUCCUGAUGAAAACAAUGGACAACGUUGCCACCUUCUGUAUGCUGCUGAUGCUCUUCAUCUUCAUCUUCAGUAUUCUGGGAAUGCAUCUUUUUGGCUGCAAGUUCGCAUCAGAAAAGGAAGGAGACACUCUUCCUGACAGAAAGAAUUUUGACUCGCUUCUCUGGGCUAUUGUAACUGUCUUCCAGAUACUGACUCAAGAGGAUUGGAACAAGGUCCUCUAUAAUGGGAUGGCCUCCACCUCCCCAUGGGCUGCUCUAUACUUCAUUGCCCUCAUGACAUUUGGGAACUAUGUUCUCUUUAACUUGUUAGUUGCCAUUUUGGUGGAAGGAUUUCAGACUGAGGAGGUCCCGAAGCGGGAGGAUGCGAGUGGGCAGUUAAGCUGUAUUCAGCUGCCUGUCGACUCGUCCGGGGGAGAUGUCUCGAAGUCAGACUCAGAGGCUGACUUUUAUUGUCAGAGCCUGGAUGAUGAAAGUGGAAGCAAAAAAGAUCUUCCAAAUACUACACUGAUGGCAGCAAAUGGUCAUUUGGAUGUCAAAACCAGUCUGACCCCACCGCUCAUCAUCCACACUAAUGCAACGCCAAUGCCAACACCAAAGGGGAUGCUCUGCGGUGAUUCUGCACAUAUGUAUACUGAUUCCCGCAGAGGUAGCAAUGUAUCAAUCGAUCCCAAUUAUUACGAGCAAAAGUCACCGACCAGUGCACGUAGCUCCCCCUACACUCCUUGGAGCACAGCCAGCAGCUGGAACAGCCGCCGCUCGAGCUGGAACAGCCUCGGCCGGGCUCAAAGCCUGAAGCGCAAGCACCAGUCUGGCGAGCGGAAGUCUCUCCUCUCGGGCGAUGGCAAAGAGAGUUCCGAAGAAGGUGACGGGUCGGAGGACGAGAGAGCCAGUCGAGCGGGUAGUGGGAGGGGACCAGCCCCCCAGCGCGUGGAAUCUCUGGAGAUCAAGGGUUCUUUCGAUAUUCCUGAAACCCUGCAGGUACCUGGCCUUCACAGAUCCCCCAGCAUCCACAGCAGCAGGGCCCCACCGACAGACUGCCAGGACUGCAAUGGUAAGAUGUCCCCUGCCACCAUGCUACGUCAAUUCCACAUGGAUGAGCAGAGAGCAGAGUUUGAGAACACUGAAGAUGAAAUUGAUAUGAGCAAAGGAGCACGGUUGCUGGCAUGGAUUCAAAGCAAGCUGCCACCCUGUUUCAAGGAACGAGAGGGCUGGUCGCUCUACCUCUUCCCACCACAGUCCAAGAUUCGACAUGUUUGCAGCAGAAUUAUUUCACACAAGAUGUUCGACCACAUUGUUCUUGUCAUUAUCUUCCUGAACUGCAUUACCAUUGCCAUGGAGAGACCAAAGAUCGAUCCGAAGAGUGCAGAGCGAAUCUUCUUGACCCUCUCAAACUAUAUCUUCACGGUGAUCUUCCUGAGUGAGAUGGCAGUAAAGCUGGUGGCAAUGGGCCUUUGUUUCGGUCAGCAGACUUAUCUCAAGAGUUCCUGGAACAUUCUGGAUGGGUUGCUGGUGAUGAUAUCAGUCAUCGAUAUUCUGGUCUCCAUGGUCUCAGACAGUGGAACGAAGAUCCUUGGAAUGCUGCGGGUUCUUCGACUGUUGCGCACCCUCCGGCCCCUCCGGGUGAUCAGCCGAGCACCAGGCCUUAAACUCGUUGUUGAAACACUCAUGUCCUCCCUGAAGCCCAUCGGGAAUAUUGUGGUCAUCUGCUGUGCAUUCUUCAUCAUUUUUGGCAUCCUGGGUGUACAGCUCUUCAAAGGGAAGUUUUAUUUCUGUCUUGGGGAAGACAUAAGAAAUGUCACCAACAAAUCUGACUGCAUUCAAGCCAACUACAUGUGGAUCCGACACAAGUACAACUUUGACAGUUUGGGGCAGGCCCUGAUGUCCUUGUUUGUUCUUGCAUCGAAAGAUGGGUGGGUUGACAUUAUGUAUGACGGUUUGGAUGCAGUGGGAGUGGAUCAACAGCCAAUCAUGAACAACAACCCAUGGAUGCUCCUCUACUUCAUCUCCUUCCUGCUCAUCGUGGCCUUCUUUGUGCUGAACAUGUUUGUCGGGGUGGUGGUGGAGAACUUCCACAAGUGCCGGAAGCACCAGGAGGUGGAGGAGGCCAAGCGCCGCGAGGAGAAGCGUCUCCGACGCAUGGAGAAAAAGAGACGGAGUAAGGAGAAACAGCUGGCUGAAGCACAGUGUAAACCUUAUUACUCUGACUAUUCUCCUGCUCGCCUUUUCAUCCACAAAAUGUGCACAAGUCAUUACUUGGAUUUGUUCAUCACUGUUGUGAUUGGGCUGAAUGUAAUCACCAUGGCAAUGGAACAUUAUCAGCAGCCAAAGAUCCUUGAUGAGGCGCUUAAGAUCUGUAACUACAUCUUCACGAUUAUCUUUGUCCUGGAGUCCGUAUUCAAACGUGCCUUUGGUUUCCGCCGGUUCUUCAAGGAUAGGUGGAACCAGCUGGACUUAGCUAUUGUAUUGUUAUCCAUUAUGGGAAUCACCCUUGAAGAGAUUGAGGUGAAUGCUUCCUUGCCAAUCAAUCCCACUAUUAUUAGAAUCAUGAGAGUCCUCCGGAUUGCUAGAGUCCUCAAGCUCCUGAAGAUGGCAGUUGGAAUGAGAGCCUUGCUGAACACAGUUAUCCAGGCUCUACCACAGGUCGGAAAUCUUGGUCUCUUGUUCAUGCUGCUGUUUUUCAUAUUUGCAGCUCUUGGAGUUGAACUUUUCGGGGAUCUAGAAUGUGAUGUCUAUCAUCCCUGUGAGGGUUUGGGGCGACAUGCCACGUUCAGAAAUUUUGGGAUGGCUUUCCUCACCUUGUUCCGAGUAUCAACUGGAGACAACUGGAAUGGAAUAAUGAAGGAUACUUUACGAGACUGUAACCAAGAGAGCACAUGUUACAACACAGUGGUGUCCCCAAUCUACUUUGUCUCGUUCGUACUGACAGCUCAGUUUGUGCUGGUGAACGUAGUCAUCGCGGUGCUGAUGAAACACUUGGAGGAGAGCAAUAAAGAGGCAAAGGAGGAAGCAGAACUUGAGGCAGAGCUGGAACUGGAAUUAAAAAUGUUAAAUACCAAUCAAGGGAAUAUGGACGUUAUGACUUGGGGAGGCAGUGAAGGUAGAGAUGCUGGUGACAGCCCAGGAAGUCCAUCUGAGUCUCUCCAAAUCAAAGUGGAUUCCCCAUUUUCUUUAGAACCACCACUGAUCCCUCUAGCUGAGAUGGAGGCUGUUUCUCUGACGUCUGAUAUUCAGUCUGAGAAAUCGUGGUCGUUAGCACUGACAGAUGACUCUUUGCCCGAUGAUGCAAACGUAUUCUUACUAAAUACGCUGGAAAGCAAUACUCAAGAACAUGAGGUUAAGAAGGAGAUCCAAGAGAAGAACCUUCUCACUGUGAGGAAACCUUUUGUUGGCCGCACACAUUCACUGCCGAAUGAUAGCUACAUGUUUCAGCCUGUUAACCCUGCUCCAUUAGGAGGUCUGCAGGGGUCAGAGAACAAUCCCAAGUCACAGUCAGGAUCAACCACAUCAGUUCGAUCUCAGCCCAUUGGUGACAGUGGCCACCUCCAGGUUCCUAUGGAGUUGUUUCUCCCCGUCAGCCGUCCGAACAGUUUUGAUUCUGAAAAUAUCCCUAAGAUACCCCCACCUCGGAAACCUCUGAGUGCCCACAGAACGCUGCGUAGACAGGUUGCUAUAACAAAUGACUCUCUGGAUCCACUGUAUACGGAGUCUAAGGAAAACUUGCAGAUACAACCUAACGAACCAUCAUCCUUGAAUGUGUCUGUGCCCUGUGUGUCUGCUGUGCAAACAUCUAUGGUGUUAGUGCCUGCCUCACCCAACACACCGACCAAACACAGUGUCCACAUCCAACAACACAGCCAUAACCAGUGCAACAUUACUAACUACGUAACUUCACCACAUCGUUUUCGGAACCCGUUCAGGGAAAUCCCUGACUCAGCAGACCAGGAAGUCUCACAAAUCAACAGCAGCAGCAAGAGAGCUUCCAAACCUCCAAUGUACCCUCCGCUACCCACAAAGAUCUGCAGCAGCACAGGAAACCUCACGAUGAAAGACAUAAAAAAGUUCUAUAGUGUGGACACUCAAGGAUUCUUGGCCAAGCCCACAUCGUGGUUAAAUGAUCCUCGGAGACAUUCGAUUGAGAUCUGCUCCUCCGUUGAAGCAAGCCCUCAGCACCAUUUCUCCUCGACAUCCUGUUGUGCCAUUGGCCAAGCAGUGUCAGAACUGGACGGUCUGCAAGCAGUGCGGCAAAAGCAGAAAAUGAGCCCUCCCUGCAUUUCUAUAGACCCGCCAGAGAGCAGGCACACUACACUGCAAGGUUCUCACGGACAAAUGUCUUCUAGUGACAUGUGCUUGAGAAGGCGUGCUCCGUCCUGUGACUCUGCACCUCACAAGGACUCUGUGGACCUCGCAGACCCACCACCUCCUGAAAGCACACCCACCUCUCCAUCCCCGUCAAGGGAUUUGCUAACUCUUCCCAGUUAUCCCUUGGAGCAGACUGAGGCAGACCACUGA